AUGGCGAUCGUACGGAUGGGAUGGAGAAGUGAAAAGAUCGCAAGUUGCAAGGGACAGGCUCGGGAAGGGCCCCCGCGCGGGCCAGAUGAGGUCCGGAGAGUUAGCCAAACCGCUAAAUGGGGCCCAAGUCCAACUUUGGUCCAGGGCAACACGGCUGAUGGAUGGUCUCCCAGUCUACAGUCUACGGAGUGUAGCCUACAGUCCAUGUACCAGAGUGGCAGAGAGGGCCAGAGCAAGGAUGGAAAGACGGGCCAUCCAGAAGACGGGGACAAGAACGAGCGAAUGAGACGCAGGCUGUACCUCGAGUCGACGUGCGACUGGAUGAUGGGCAGUGAGGGGCUCAGAUGGGGCGAACGUCUCUUGACGUGCAUAUUGCUGGUUUGGGCCCUUGGGGGUAGACUCGACGGGCCACCAUACAGUCACGACUGUCACGUUCAGUGUGGUAGAUAUCUUGGUCUUGGUCCUCGUAGACAUGGAAGACAGGGCUGGGCGCGGGAUGACAACCAUGUUCGUCACACUCAACAACCCCGCUGCCGACUCUCUGGCUGGGCUGAUUUGGGAUUCUUUGCCGUGCUUGCCUCUCAAGCCCCUUGCCUUCCAGCGGAGCAAGGUGCUCCAGCUGCUGGACGAUACGAAAGCCAUGGGAACCUUGGGAGGGGGGGCUGA